ACAAAUCUGGUUUGUGCUCUCCACAAUUGGGGGAAAUAAAGAUAUCUAUCUAUCGAGAGCCAUAAUGUCAGGACUGAUUUUAUCAUCAAACUGGUGUUGCAUAGCAAUUGUCAGCAGUUUGUUAAUAGGUUUACACACAACUCGAGCAGAAUGUUCAGAUGGAUGGACUCGUUUCCAUGAUUCUUGUUAUUUCUUUGGACACCAUGGCAUGACAUUCCUGGAAUCCACGCGUUUCUGUACACAUUACAAUGCUCAUCUUGUAAUCAUAGAAGAUGACGUAGAAAAUAAAUUCAUCGCAAGCGUUCUUGAACAACUUAACAGUAACCACCAUUGGAUUGGACUUACUGACGAAAUAGUUGAAGGGACAUGGAAGUGGUAUAGUACAUAUAAGGUGGCGAAUUAUACAGAUUGGUAUCCAGGACAACCAAAUGAUGGCGGCAGUGCUAACUGUGCGAAUAUCUACAGUGUCGCACCAUACGCCUAUCAAUGGGUAGAUGACGUGUGCACGUAUACAUACAGGCCCAUUUGCGAGAGAGGGUUAAACACAGAGAAUGUAAUCGUGGGCAAGUAGAACGGCUUCAAAUGUUUUGCUGCAGUAAAUAUAUCAUCUGUUAAUAACUAAAUGUAUAUCUAAGCAACUGUUUAAGUUUCAUUAACAUGUGGAAAUAAAUUAGCUUGACACAAACAUGUUUUCUGGACAUAUUUUAGUAGCUGUCCAAAUUUACAUAGAGAUAAAAUAUAAAUGAAGAAGGCUGCGAAUGUCUUGUAUUAUUUGCAGAACAUUUUGUAUCCUUGAUGAAGCAUUUUAAACAGGACACUGAU